AUGUACAGCCAUACAACAUUGUGGAAAAACGAAGGUUUUAUCAAAUACAGUCAGGUAUUGGAUCCUCGUUAUAAAUUGCCAAGCAAGACAUACUUGCGUGAUGUGCUUAUGUCCAAUCUGUACAAGGAAACCUCUGCCAAAUUGUCAUUGAUAUUUCAAGAAGUGACGGAUGUAUCAAUAACUUGUGAUUUGUGGACAUCGAGUGCCAAUGACAGUUUUUUGACGGUGACGAGUCAUUUUGUUCAUAACUAUGAACUAUACUUUGCGAAUAUUCUAAUUGAUUGGAACAUUUUUAAUAAGACCGUGUGCAUUGUAACUGAUAAUGCCAGCUCCAUGCUUAAAGCAUGUGCAAUAUUGCAAAUUCAAAAUCUGCCAUGCUUUGCGCACACAAUCAACUUAGUUGUGCAAGAUGCAUUAAGAGUUGAUGACGCAGUCAUAAAAAAUUUAUUUACCAAGUGCAAAUCAAUAGUUAGAUUUUUCAAACAAAGCCCGAUUGCUAAUGAAAAAUUUAAAUUAGCACAAGAAGGUACGAUUUAUACUUUGCUGCAAGAAGUACCAACAAGAUGGAACAGUUUCUUUUUCAUGAUUGAGAGAAUUUUAAAAACAAAUGAUGCCAUUGCCAAAGUCCUAUUAGGAACCACAAAUGCACCUCAGCCAUUUACGGCUGACGAAAUACUUGUGUUAAAAGAUAUGGAAAAAAUAUUGUCUUUCUUCCAGCAAGCAAGUGAAAAGUUUCUGGUGGAAAAUAUGUAACCAUAUCUCUGAUUAUACCCAUGGCAUAUGGGCUUCUGCGGAAAAUCGAAAAAUUCUUGCCAGAAACUAUGCAAGGAAAAACAAUCCAAAAUAUAUUAAUGGAAUCAAUAAAGAAACGACUCUCAAUUUAUGAACAAAGAAAUGUAUGU